AUGGUGAAAAGGAAAGCAGAAAGUGCUUCAUCGGAACCUAAACCUACAAAAAAACCAACAAAACACCAAUCCACACCUUCGGUUUCCAUAUGUAUACCAUCAAGUGUGAUAUCAUACAAGAAUGCAUAUAAUUUACAACAAAAAACCAUGAUUGCGUAUCAAAUUGCUAAAGCUAGUUUGAUUUAUGACGUUUCUGAAAUUAUUGUGUUGAAAGAGCUGCCAAUUAAACAUGAAAAGGAAGAGGAAAAGGAAAAGCAUGGUAAUGGAGGUGGGAAGAAGGAAGCUAUGUCAGCUGUUGGAAAGAAGGUUGUUUUCAAUGAAGACAAUGAGAAUGGUGCCAGUUCCUCGUUGCAACCCGUUCCUCUGACUGACACCAAACCAAAAGAAGAAACCCCCAGUGAAGCAGUUAACAAUGAUGCCAACGAAAAUGAUGAUGCAUUAUUAUUGGCUAGUCUAUUACAAUUUUUCAUCACGCCUCCCUACUUAAUCAAAACCAUGUUUUUGCCUCGAUUAAACCCCAAAUUCACAUCCAUUUUAUCUAAAUUCAAAUAUGCUUUUAAACUACCCAAAAUACCUAAUUUGCCCUUUAUGCAAAAUAACAACGUUUAUGAACAUUUUAAAGAAGGGAUAAUUAUACCACGAGAAACUCCUAAAAUCAAAUCUAAAACCGAUAAAAGCAAGCUAGUGCCAUCCCCACAUAAAGUUACUGUUAGCAAGUAUGUAAACAUUGGCGAACCAGAAGCGAUGAAGUUGGAUAUUGCUAGAGAAGUACCGGUGUACUCACGUGUGACAAUUGACGUACGGAACAAGACUAUUGUAAGUGCUAGGGAAGCAUAUGGAACUCACGGACAUAAACUGUCGUUUGGAUAUCAUGUACGGAUGGUGAAUGAGACUCAAUUCAGUAAAGUUUUCACAAAUUCCCCAUUGAGUGAUGGAUAUAGUCAGACUAUAUUUGUCAAUUGUGACGAUUAUUUUGAUAAAUGGAGUAAAACAGUAGACCAAGUGCCUUCAUUUGAAGAAAAAAAAAGUAGAGGUAAUGAUGGAAAUGAUAAUCUAUUGAUAAUUUUAGGCAAUUGUGGCACAAUUCAACAAAACUUUGAGAACGACGAAGCUAAAGAGCUAAUGUUCGAAGGGUUGGAUAGCGUAUUGAAGUUGUUUGAUUAUAGAUUAGAUAUUCCCAAGGGCUGUAAAAUUGAAGAUGCAAUUUUAAUUGCAUUGACAAAAUUAUUACAAUAA